UAUUUUAGGUGAUACCUUUGCAACGCGAUGGUGGUUUAGUUUUACCUAACUCAAGAUGGCGAAUCAGUUUGGCGCAAUAUUUGAUAAUGUCAGAAUGUGUAAUAUUUAUUGAUCUUAUGUAAUACUGUAGGGCAGCCGCGUGUGGUAAACCUUUAAUUUACGAUGAUACAUUAGUUUUUUUUUCUUUACACGAGGUACAUAUAUCUAUUUUGCUUCUUAAAAUCCCAAUAAGUGACCAUUUCUAAAAAAGUAACAUCUGACAACCUGAGAAUAUCGAGAUUUGAGUGGGUUUGGAAAAGUGAAACAAACUUGGAACACCAAUAAACUCAACCCAUAUGUCAGCUACCAGCGAUGGGGACAAUAAUGAAGUGGUCACAGACAUGUCGCUGCCUCAAAACGUUACCGAGUCGUUGCAAAGGUCCCCGCCUCUUGCUAGAGUGCCGCAGCCGCAGGGCAGUCCCAGUGUCCGUAGAUCACCCUCUUCUGGAAACCAGCAGACGUUAGCAGACUUCUUCAUUGGAAGACGUCGGAGUGGAGGAGGUGCUGAAGAGCCUCGUGCUACCUCGGGAAAUCUAGGGCCAGUUCCCCCUCUACCUGUCUUCAUUCUAGAUGAUCAUACAAGGGUUCCCUCUGCUGAAGGAAGGAGUACUACCAACCUGGAUGCCCGUGGUGAUGUAUCGGCUGAAGUCAUAUCAAGUGAGGAAGAGGACUCAAGAUCUUCAGACCAAGAUGUGGAAACCAUUUCUGAUACCGAUGAAGAAAAUUCCAACCCCCCUCAAGGAAAUUCUCUUGAAGAAAAUUCCAACCCUCCUCAAGAAAAUCCUCUUGACGAGAAUUCCACAGAAGCAACAUCUAAUGUCCAGUCAACUUCUCGGAGUCAACAACCCUGGGAGUCUGCACUACAGCCAAUACAGGCUUCUACCAGUUCCCCAUCAGAUUUCAGAACUCCCAAACGACGGCGAAUCAUGUCCUCCCCUAAAAAUCCAGGGGCAGCUACUGGUGAGCCAGAGGAUGAGGAGGAAGAUGGAAAUAGUUGCCCGAUCUGCUUCGAGGAGUGGUCCACCUCAGGCUCUCACAGACUUGCAUCCUUAAGAUGUGGCCACUUAUUUGGACAAAGUUGCAUAGAAAAGUGGUUAAAAGGCCAAGGUGGAAAAUGUCCACAAUGCAAUCAUAAAGCUAAAAGGCAAGACAUACGAGUUCUGUAUGCCAAGUCACUCAAGGCUGUUGACACAACAGAACGAGAUCGGGCUCUGCAGGACCUUGAGAAGGAAAAAGAAGUUCGACGGAAAGUUGAAAUGGAGGCUGCCCAGUGUCGUCUGCAGUAUCAACUGGCAAUAGAAGAAUGUAACAGACUGAAAGCCGAGUUAGACAAGGUCAAACGACAGCUACAGACCACAAGGUCUGAUUCCUCCUCUGGUUUAGCGACAUCACUAUCACAGGCCAAAGAUAUGAAUGGUCACUUCAGGCUGGACAAAACCAUCAAAAUUUGGGAGGCGGGAAACUGUCGUGUGAUGUCAUACACUCCUUCUCUAGCCACACUUGUUGUCUCUCAGCCGUCAUCUAGUCCCCUCUUCCCAGGAUUUGGCUUUAAAAAGAUCAGUGCAAUGGAUUUCAAGACCUCCCAGUUCCUAACAAUCCACAGUAAACCUAUCCGAGACUGCUGCUUUCAUCCAUUUGUGGAUGAUGGAAUCUUGCUAAGCUGUGGAUUGGACAAGACCGCCAAAAUGACAAGUGUUAUCAGCAACACUGUUGUACAGACGUAUGAUCUUCCCAAUCCUGCUUGGAGCUGCGUGUGGAACACAGACGAUAGAAAUUUCUUUUAUGCCGGGCAGGCUAAUGGAAAUGUGAUGGAGUUUGACAUUCGGAACACCUCUGAGCAUGUCCAGGAACUAAACACAGAAGGCAUCAGGUCGCCUGUGGUUUCCCUACAGUACAUUCCAAAAGACAUUCAAGCCAGUUUCAGACCUGGUGGGUUAGUGGUGGGGCAGCUUAACAAGAUCUCGUUUUAUGAGAGGAAACCAGACAGUCAGUAUAGACUACACAUGCUACCACUAGAAGGUAACUUGACAAGUCUAUGUUUUGAAAACCACACCCGGCAUCUGUUGGCCAGCUUCAGACCGACGUCCAAGCACCCCACCAGUAGACACCAACUGUGUGAGAUGACCUCUGUGAACCUUAGUGUUGACCCUGCUAUUAUCAACAACGGCUGUAGCUGCCAAGUAAUCCAGACAUUUCACGGCAGUCAGACACAGACAGUGUUAACGAGAACACUCUUGAUGACUCACCCAGCAGAUGACAGUAGAUUGUUGGUCUGUGCUGGAGAGGAAACCACCUCAGGGGUCCAUGUUUGGGACACAUCGUCCACUCAGCUUGUUCAGCGAUUACCCAGUGGAGGAAUAGUUGUGGACACUUUUUGCAUAACUAACCACCAGACUUAUCUUGCAGCCUUGACUGAAAAAAAUCUAAAAAUUCACCGCUGGUGCUGAUACAGACACAUUUGUGCAUUAGUUCGCCGUCAGCAAGGUUCAAGAAUUGCAUUAUCUUUGUUUGCCCCAGUAUCAAAGAGACAGCUAUUUUGCAUUAGGGUAAUGGGCAGUGGAUCAUUGUACCUGUUUUAGUGUUCCAAUGCUAUUGCUCACAAGCCACUGUGAUUCAUGUUUUACCUUAGGAUGUUAUCAAAGAUGUGUUAGUUCCCUAUUCAGUGCAGGCCAAUUUAGUCUUUCAGGAUGAGAGAAUUUCUGUAUGCAUUGCAUGUUGUAUGUGUUUUGAUGAAUGUAUUGUGUGAUGGCAAUUAUCACAGACCUCACUCGGAGAAAUAAAACGGAUUGUUAGGA